CGGGACUUAGCGGAAAACGGGUGGGCUUGUACAGAAACAGCAGUGUGUCUGCAGGUGUCAACAACAAAAUAUUAAAACACACUCAUUUGUACAAAACUUUUAAGAUUUAAUUUUUCAUAGUUCUAGCCAGAGAAAGGACCAGAAUGCUAAGACGAAUAUUACAGAUGACUCCUGGGAAAGGAGGCUCCCAGAGCUCGGAGUCUGAGCAGCCGUCUGCUGAUAUGAAUAAUGAGUCCUCAGAGGGCUUCAUUUGUCCCCAGUGUAUGAAGUCACAUAACUCUGCUGAGGAGCUCUUCAAACAUUAUGAGGUGUUCCAUGAGCCAGGAGACCAGCCGUCCCCCUUCAGUCCUGGCAGGGGGGAUCUAACCCUUCUUCGACAGGAAGUCCAAGAUUUACAGGCUUCACUGAAGGAGGAACGCUGGUUUUCUGAGGAAUUGAAAAAAGAAUUAGACAAAGUACAAGGACAUCUAGCAACUAACAAAGGCUCACAGAAUGAUGGUACUAGUGAAGAAUCAGAGCUUGAGAUGAGACUCAACAAAUCUGAGACUGAGAAGUUCAACAUCAAACAGAUGAAAGACUUGUUUGAACAGAAAGCUGCCCAGCUCGCAACUGAGAUAGUUGACAUCAAAUCUCGUUAUGAUGAGGAGAAAAGCAUGCGAGAAGCACUGGAACACAGGCUGGCCAAUCUAAACCAAGAUCUGCAAAAAGAGAAACAGGAGAAGGAGAAAUUGGCGGCAGAGCUGCUCCAGAGGCCUGGAGUGGAAGACGUGGAGGUGUUGAAGAAAGAGCUGGUGCAGGUGCAGACGCUCAUGGACAACAUGACCCGUGAGAGGGAAGAGGAGUCCGAGCGCCUCAAGAGCCAAUACGAACAGCUGCAUGCCAGCUUCACUACCUCAGAGAUUCAUAAGCUGGAGACAACGAUUGCUCAGUUGAAGGCAGAACUGGAGAAGGGUCCUCAGGAGGCAGCGGUCUACACCCAGCAGAUCCACCAAUUACAGAGCAGCAUGAACAACUUCCAGCAGCAGACCCAGCUUUUGUCAGAGAAGAUAUCACGUAAGGAGAAGGAGAGUCAGGAACUCGAAGAGCGUCUGGGUCAGGAGCAGGCCUUUAAGAAGAGUCUUCAGGCUAGUCUGCACCAGAAAGAUCUGGAGCUCCAGGAGAGCCAAGCCCGGGUGUCAUCAGGAGAGGCAGCUCUGAGUCGGGCUCAGGCUGAAUUGACCGAACGCGGGGAGGAGGCCGCACGACUCAGGCGGGAACUCAGUGAGCUGGAGAAGGACCACCAGGAUUUGAAGGCAGAGAGGAAACAACUUCAACAGCAGAGAGAGGAUAAAGAAAACCAGGGCCUGCAGCAGCAAAGUGAGAUCAGCCAGUUGCAUGCAAAGCUGCUGGAAACAGAGCGUCAGUUGGGGGAGCUGCAAGGCCGGCUGAAAGAACAGAGACAGCUAUCAGGAGAGAAACUCAAAGAUCGGGAGCAGCAGGUGGCAGACUUGCAGCUUAAACUGUCCCGCUUGGAGGAACAGUUAAAGGAGAGCUCUACCAAGUCUACAGACCUGCAGCUUCAGCUGGACAAAUCCAAACAGCAGCACCAAGAGAUACAAACACUUCAACAGAGCACUAAUGGCAAACUUAGAGAAGCACAGAACGACCUGGAGCAGGUGUUGCGUCAGAUCGGGGACAAGGACCAGAAGAUCCAAAAUCUUGAAGCUCUGCUGCAGAAGAGCAAGGACAGCGUGAGCCAGCUGGAAGCAGAGAGAGAGGAUCUGUGUGCUCAGAUCCAGGCUGGUGAAGGAGAGGCAGCUGUGUUGAACCAACUAAAAGAGAAAAAUCACUCGCUACAGGAACAGAUUACGCAUCUUACCGACAAGCUCAAAAACCAGUCAGAGAGCCACAAACAGGCUCAGGACAACCUUCAUGAGCAGGUGCAGGAGCAGAAGACCCAUCUGCGUUCAGCGCAAGACCGCUGCCAGAGCCUAGAGACCACCAUCUCUGAGCUUACCACACAGCUCACAGAGAGCAAAGAGAAGAUUGCCCAGCUAGACACACAGAUAAAAGCCAAGACUGAGAUGCUAUUGUCUGCUGAAGCAGCUAAAAAUGCCCAGAGAGCCGACUUGGAGAACCACCUAGAGACUGCCCAGAAUGCAUUGCAAGAUAAGCAACAAGAGUUGAGUAAAGUGCAGUCUCAGCUGGAGGAGCAGGGCCGCAGACUGCAGGAGAAGCAGGAGCAGUGCUCUCAGCUGGAGACCAGUCUGAAGGACAGCAGAGACAAUCUGCUGACUGCAGAGCAGAGGAUAGAGACUCUGGAGACCCAAACCAAGAAAUCAGAGGUAGAGUUAACUGAACUCCGCUCUGGAAGGGAACAGGCUCAGAAAGAGCAGCAGAUGCUGAAGAAGCAGAUCAGUGAGCUGGAGAUGAAGACGAAGGAGCUGAACCGUCUUUUAGACUCUGAGAAACAAGGAGCUGCUACACAGCAAGAGGAGUUGAAGAAGAAAACAUCAGCCCUCUCUGAAACAAAACAACAGCUGGAGAAGGCAGAGCAGGAGCGUGGAACCCUGCAGGCGAGCCUAGAUAAACUGUCUCAGGAGGGUCAGAAGCAGCAAGCAGACCUGGACAAGAAAGUCCAGGGUCUGAGCGCAGAUCUUAAGAAAGCUCAGGAGGAGAAGAAAGCUCUGACUAAAGAAAUGGCAACAGUGAAAGAGGGUCUGAGCAAAGCUUCGAACGCUCUCAAAGAGAGCCAGACUAAAUUAGAGGCAGAGAAGAUGAGCAGCAAGGCCACUAUGGAGGAGAAGGAGAAGUUUUAUCAGAAGACACAGCAAGAGCUUCAGAAAAACACAGAGACCGCUUCUAAAGAGCUCAGCCGUGUCAAAGGUCAGCUUGAGAAAUCAAUAGAUGCAGAAAGGGGCCUUCAGUCUCAGCUGACCGCACUGAACGCUCAAAUGAAACAGGCUCAAGAUACACUGAAAGAGAAAGAAAACAGUGUACAGCAGCUGCAGGCAGAGCUGAAGACCACACAGGGGUCCUUCAGCCAGGAAGUGAAGAAAAUUAAGGCACAAGUUUCCGAGUUGGAGACUUCCCUCACUAAAAAGACUGAAGAAGAGGCAAAGCUGAAGGAGCAGGUGACGGCAUUGUCUAAAGAUCUGAACUCUGAGAAGAAUCGCUGUGCAGAGCUGCAGAAGACCAGCGACAGCACCAAAGAGAGCCUCGCCGCCCUUCAGUCUGAUUACUACGGCAAAGAAUCUGAGCUCUCUGCUGUACGCCAGGACCUCAAGGUGUGUGAGGAGAAGCUGGUUCUAGCUCAGGAGGAGAUGGUGACCAACAGAAACCAGCUCAGUGCUCAUGAAACCCAGAUCCAGGAGCUGAAGACGGGCCGCACGACGCUGGAGAAAGAUCUCAGCAAGAGAGACGAGAAGAUCAAACAGCAGGCGGAGGCUCUACAGAAGCUCCAGAAGCAACAGGAACAAACCGAGGAGCAGCUGAAGAAGGAGAAGGCUCAAUACGAGGAGCUCAACGAGUGCCAGAGCGCUCUGGAGAAGGACAAAAACAAACUGUCUGCUGAUCUUAAAGCUCUGGCUGAGAAGAAUGAGAAGGAGCUGAAGGAGCUCCAGGCAGCGAAGCAGCUGUUGAUCCAGCAGAAGGUGGAGAUGCAGGGGAAGGUGGAGGCAGCUCAAGCAUCUCUGGAGCAGGAACAGAGAGAGCAUCAGAAGACCAGAGACUCCAUCAAACAAAAACAGCAGCAGCUCAAAGCUGAGACGGACAAACUACAACAGCAACUGGCUUCUGAAGUGAAGGCUAAAGAGGAGGUGGAGAGGCAGAGGGAAGAGGCGGAGGUGAAGAUGUCUAUGCAGGUGGCGGCCCUGAACGAGAAUGUGGCGACGCUGAAGCGGGAGUGGCAGAGCAGCCAGAGGCGGGUGGGCGAGCUGGAGAAACAGACGGAUGAACUGAGAGGAGAGAUCGCUGUUUUGGAGGCCACCGUUCAGAACAACCAGGACGAGAGACGUGCACUGCUGGAGAGGUGUGUCCAGGGUGAGGGUGAGAUCGAGAAGCUUCAGGCUAAGUUGGUGGAGAUGCGCAGGAAGCUGGAUGACACUACAGCCGCCAUGCAGGAGCUUGGCCGAGAGAACCAGUCCUUACAGAUAAAACAGUCGCAGUCUCUCACACGAAAGUGGGCGGAAGAUCACGAGGUGCAGAACUGUAUGGCUUGUGGGAAGGGCUUCUCUGUCACUGUCAGAAAGCACCACUGUCGACACUGCGGCAACAUCUUUUGUGCAGAGUGCUCUGCCCGCAAUGCCCUGACGCCCUCCUCCAAAAAGCCUGUCCGAGUGUGUGACAAUUGCUAUGAUGAGCUCCAGGUCUGAUUGCCCUCCCUCCCAAACCAGUUCCCUGCAGCCCUCUGCGCCCUGCUCACCCUGACCUCUCCCCAGGAAACACGAGCAACCCGGAGAGGCCAGCCGAGGGCAGAUGCAGAAGCUGCAGGGGCCACUGAGGAACAGCGUGUCACGGUGGUCACUGAAUGCUGCCAAUCAGAUAGAGGGUACACUAAAUUAAACGGCUGUCCUCAUCUGUCCAGUGCCUUUGCCACUUAUGAGGCCACUUUCAGAUCCAGAGGAUUCAAAAGGGAGGGACCGCUUAAGCAGAUGUAUAAUUUGUAAUAUAAAAAUCAGUUCCUUACAGAAGUUUUGUGCUAAGGUCAGGAUUGAGUUUUACGUUGAUAUCGUAAUAUAAGAGUCUCUUAUAUAACUAUAAGAAAUGGUUGGUGGGAAGGAAUCUGAGUAGAACCAAAGCUGUUCGCAGGGUCCUUAUUUGAUAUCACAUUUGUAAGUAAAUGUACAGACAAAAGAGGCACAUGUGAAUAAUUCAGAUAUAACUGUCACUCUAUGGAGACUGUAUCAUUUGUCAUUCAGUGUGGGCAUGUUAACAAGGUAUGUGGGUGUAAUGUACAUGCUUGCUUUGCUGCUCUUAUGUCUGUUGAAAUGAAACACUUGAUGUUUGUUUUGCAUUUAUAAUCUCACCAAUAGAACUUGGUGAAAUCUUUUAAAGAUUUACACACACGAAUGUCUUUUUUGUUUCCUUUUAUCAAUUUGCCCUGCUUUUAAGUAAUAACUGUGCAUUGAGUGUGAUUGUUUGUGUGCUAGUAUAUUGAAAAUGAAUGACAGACCGCUGAUUGUGUUUAAAAUAUCAGCUGCUACAAUUCUCUUCAACUUGAGCAGUUUUCCUCAUUCGUGGCAAAUUUCAGUUUUCACCAUUUACAAACAUUCAAAACCUUUAUGACAGACUUUCUUUUGCGGAACAGAAAAGUAGAUAUUUUGAAGAAUGUUGAGAACCAAACAGUGACUUCCAUUGUAUUUUUGUCCAUACAAUGAGUCAGUGUUUUUUAAAAUAUAGUUUGUCGUCUUUUCUUUGUUUAUUUAGCAGAACGC